AUGAGGAAGAUGAAAGCGGCAAUAAUAAAGUUAGACUUCCAGAAAGCAUAUGACAAAGUAAAGUGGAAGUUCGUAGACCUCGUGUUGCAGAAAAUGAGUUUUGGACAGAGAUGGAGGGCGUGGGUUAUGGAGUGUGUGAGUUCGUGCUCUAUGUCAGUACUGAUAAACGGCUCACCUUCUAAGCCGUUCAAGAUGGAAAGGGGCCUGCGACAAGGUGACCCUUUGUCUCCGUUCUUAUUCGUACUUGUUGUUGAUGUCUUACAUAGAAUGCUGGAAGAAGCAGUUAGGAAUGGUCGCUUAUCCCCAUUGUUGGUUGGAAGAGAUCAUAUUGAGUUGUCGCAUCUAUAUGUGUUAGGCUGCAAGCUGGUCUCCCUUCCAGUUAAAUAUCUGGGCAUCUCAUUAGGCGCAAACCCAAGGUUGGUCAAGACAUGGAAGCUAAUUAUAGACAAAGUGGAAGAGAAGCUUAGCCUCUGGAAAGCCAAGGCGCUCAAUAAAGCCGGGGGUCCGUGGAAGGAUAUUUGUCAACUACAGUUCAAGAAUCAAGAAGUUAGGCAGAAGAUGAUUACUGGAUUGGCUGUGGAGGUGGUGAUGGGAGAUGUACUCGGUUCUGGGAGAAUGUCUGGCUUACUGAUGGGUGUUGCAGGUGGAAAUGGCUCUGGGGGAUAUAUCAAGUUACAGCUUUACUAG